GAAUUAUGCGCUUCCGAUUUCUCACCUUACCUUCAUUAAGUCAACAACAUGCUGUUUAUUGUUGACCCGGUAUUGAAAGAACGCGCUGAAUUACGCUAUUACUCAAACCUCACUGUAUCUGUGAGCCUGCUCACACAAUGGACACUUGGCAACAAGGACGCCGGGCGCUGUUUGUAAAUAGGCUAUCCAUUAUUAAGGAAUGUAUAAGCUACUUGCUGUGAUUUCAUUCAAACGCUGUAGUACUACGGACACUAGAAUGAUACUGAUCGAUAUACCCUGAUAGUUUAUUUCAAAAUAGUCUUCAUUGGCAACGCUGUUAUACGAGGGAUCUUGAUGAUUGAAAUGUUCGAUCAUGAGUUGAUUGAGAAAUGAUGACGGUCCGGUGUAUUUAUUCCAUAUUAAAGAUAAUUAUGUUCUAAAUAGGUACAAGAGUGUUUGGAGGAUCAGGGAUUAAGUUGUGCCAAGGGCCACAGGACAGAGAUACACGGAAGCAGAGAGCCAGCAUGGGAUGUGGUGCUUCAAAAGAUCCAGCAAUAACUGAAAAGGAGAUCAAGACAAAGGAUAGUCAAGAAAAUGGCCAUGUUGUAUCAGCCGACAUAGAUAUCACUCCAGGGAAAAAGGCAGACGACAUAGAGCCAGUUCCGCCAUCUUGCAGCAAAAAACAAUAUCUUUCUUCUAAAAACUUUGACGAAAUAGACAACCAUGCAAUAAAUACACCAUCGUCCGAAACGUCCUCUCUUCAGAACUUAGUAAACCAUCUCCUCCGGCCAUGUAGGUCCGACCUGGACAGAGUCCGAGUCUUCUUCCGCUGGAUAACUCAUAACAUACGAUACGAUCUGGAAAACUUCCUAGCUGGAAAUCCUACUUCUAUUAGCAGUGAAUGUGAAGAUGUUCUACGAAGUCGGAAGGCCUCUUGUGAUGGGUACAGCAACUUGUUUCUACAGAUGUGCAAGCUAAGCGGAAUACAGGCCAAGAAGAUCCGUGGAUAUAGCAAGGGCUAUGGCUACAUUCCUGGACAGUCUUUUCAAGGGAAGGACAGUGACCACGCUUGGAACGCUGUGUUCCUGGAAAACACCUGGCGUCUAAUCGAUUGCACGUGGGGCACGGGGCAUGUGACGCAAGAUAAACAGUUCAAGUUCGUCCUAGAAGACUUUUGGUUUUUAACGGACCCCGAAGAACUGAUAUAUUCUCACUUUCCACUAGAAGCCACAGACAGCUCGUGCAGUCCAAACGCUUGGCAGUUGACCAAGACGCCAAGAUCUCUGCACGAGUUUGAAGGGACCGUCUCCCCACAGCCCGAGUUCUUCACCAUGGGGCUGUCUCCCCGCAAAUUGUCGCAUCAAAAUGGUCAUUUAAAGUUCAUUAACGACAUAGAGAUCAAAAUCACAUCCCCGAAGUCAUUGAGUUUUAGUGGUCAGCUGAAUGACAUGCAAUCUGGACAGAACAAUGACCGGUACUGCCUUGUCCACAGAGAACAGCAGAAAGACUCUUCUGUGGAUUUGGUAGUCUUCCAGAUCAUCCCUCCCUGUCCAGGGGUGUAUCUUUUGACAAUUCACGGGUUUAAUACUACUGAAUCAGAGCAGUCAGGAACUUCCAUGGGAUACAGACUGUUAGACUAUGUCAUUGACUGUUCAUCGGUGGAAAAUCUCCCAAGAGCGAUGCCGUCCUCGGUGCUGUGGGGGUUACUCCCCCUUGGAACGGAGCUUGGUUUGUCUAGUGAAAUAGGGCCGAAAGUGUCGGCCGAGAACGGACAGGCCUCACUGGAAUUCAAAGCUACCAAACCGGUAGACGUUUAUGGCCGUCUGACUACAGCAGACGACAGGGAACUUCCUGAAAACCUUAUUCUAAAACAACAGCAGGGAGAGAAUCUAGUUUUCAACACAAGCCUGCCAGAAAUUGGAAACUUCAAAUUUACUCUAUAUGGUGCUAAAUCAACAAACUCUACCAACAAAGAAAAGGUAUAUUUUCAAAUUGCGGACUACCUCAUUCAAUGUGACAAUCACGCAGCCGAUCCGGUCGUAUUCCCAGAUAUCAACUCUUCCGUAUUUGGACCAGAUUGCCAUUUAAUCUCGCCGGUCACGGGCAAACUUCCAAAUAAUCAAGAUGUUGAAUUCAAGGUGUAUAUCCCAGGUGUUGCGUCUGUGGCCGUUCAAAGUUUUGGCGAAGAUAAUAAUUUUGUCCACACUUUACUUGACCAGGACGGCUCCACGUGGUCGAAGAUGAUUAAUACGGGGACACUUGGCGAGAGAGUGUACUUGAGCGUGUGUCACGAGACAGGGGGAACAGAAUACGAUGUUGCAAUAGAAUUCACCGUGGAGUGAUAGUUUGUCAAGAUGCACUACAGUUAGUUUACAGGGGGCGGAUUUAGGCCGUCUUCUGGAGUCUUCCGGAAGACGGUCAGAUUUCCAAGUUAACAUU